UGACAGCACGUGACGCAAAUCUCAUCCUGCUCACUCCACUCCAACUCACCCGACAGAGAGAGGGGAACAGAAAGCCCUAAAUCUUCCCCGCUCUUCCCCUCCGUCUCUCCCCCCUGCCGUGGCGGCGCGGCGGCGCGAUUCCUUGGCUGCCCGGCGGCCGCGGCUCACGGGACCAGCGGCCAGGGGAUCAGCGACGGCAGGGCUCGGCUCCCUCCUCUCCUCUCCCUCCUAAUCAAGCUUUCUCUGAAGUAUGGCUUGUGGACUAGUGUAGACCUGUAGACAAAGACACAAAGGAAUUGCUGGCAUAAGUCUUCAUUUGAGAAAGAUCAGUUGGCAGCUUACAAUGGCUGGAAAUCAGCAGCCGGCUUCAGUUGUGUUGGAUUAUGCAGCAGUCCUCGACGCCAAACCCUUGCGCACACUGACCCCCAUGUUCCCUGCACCGCUUGGGAUGCACACUUUCACCCCUAAAAGCUCAUCUUCAGUUGUCUGUGUCACCCCAUUUGGACCAUAUGCUGGAGGUACCGAACAGGGAAUGCCUGGUGGUGUUCCGCCAAUGUUAACAUCACUGUCCGCUCCUGCAGAUCCCAACCAGGUGCAGCCAUAUACGGCUCAUAUGAAUGGAACUUCUAAUGCUAAUGGUACUACAAACAACACAGUGGUUACCCCUGUGUUGCAAACUCCUCCAGCACCCACUAUACAGGAAUCUGGUAAGAAGAAGAGGGGGAGACCCAGGCGUGUGCAAGAUACCACUACUGUUCCUUCGGUUCCUCCAGUUCAACCGGUUCCAACGGUUCCUCCAGUUCAACCGGUUCCAACGGUUCCUACAGUUCAUUUGGUUCCUUCAGUUCCUUCAGCUCCUCCAGAAGUUAAUAAUAUUGUUCUCCAGACACCUCCUUCAGCCGUCACACAGGAAUCUGGUAAGAGGAAGAGGGGACGACCAAAGCGUGUGCCAGAUGUUUCUGUCUUACCAACUCCAUUGCCUGCAGCAGAUGGUACACCUAUUUUACAGACACCUCCUGCAUCUAGUGUACAUGAAUCUGUUACAAAGAAAAGGGGGCGGCGACCCAAGCUUGUGCAGGAUAGUCCAGAUACUUCAACUCCUCCAGUUCAUUCAAAAGAGAGUAAGCCCUUUAUGCAGACUCCUUCUGCAGUCACCUUAUUGGAGGGUGGUAAGAGGAAGAGAGGGCGGCCGAAGCGUGUGCCUGAUAGUUCAGUGACUCCUUCAAGUCAUUCUGGCCUUUCAGUAGAUGUUGACAGUGGUGACACAUCAAAACGUGGACGGCCUAAAAAAAUUGACACAAGCCUGUUGCACCUACCGUCUUUGUUUUCAGACGAUCCCAGGGAGUCCGCAGAUAAUGUGCUUAUGAUGUUUGAUGCACUGCGACGACGGCUCAUGCAGUUGGAUGAGGUGAAGCAAGUAGCAAAGCAGCAGCAAAACUUGAAGGCUGGGAGUAUCAUGAUGAACGCUGAACUUCGCCUCAAUAAGAACAAGAGGAUUGGAGAGGUUCCAGGUGUCGAGGUUGGUGACAUGUUCUACUUCAGAAUUGAGAUGUGCCUGGUAGGGUUAAAUAGUCAGAGCAUGGCAGGGAUAGAUUAUAUGUCUGCUAAGUUUGGUAACGAGGAGGACCCCGUGGCCAUUAGUAUUGUGUCAGCUGGUGUGUAUGAGGAUGCCGAAGAUGAUGAUCCAGAUGUUCUGGUUUACAGUGGACAUGGCAUGUCUGGUAAGGAUGACCAAAAGCUUGAGAGAGGUAAUCUUGCACUGGAGAGGAGUUUGCAUAGGGGUAAUCCCAUUAGAGUCGUUCGCACUGUGAAAGACUUGACUUGUUCAACUGGUAAGAUAUACAUAUAUGAUGGCCUUUACCAGAUCAGAGAAGCCUGGGUGGAGAAAGGGAAAUCUGGUUUCAAUAUGUUUAAACACAAGUUGCUCAGAGAACCUGGACAACCUGAUGGCAUUGCAGUGUGGAAGAAGACUGAAAAAUGGAGGGAAAAUCCAUCCUCUAGAGAUCGUGUUAUAUUGCACGACAUAUCAUACGGUGUGGAAAGUAAGCCUAUCUGCCUUGUAAAUGAGGUUGACGAUGAGAAAGGUCCUAGCCACUUCACCUAUACAACUAAACUUAAUUACAUGAAUUCCCCAAGCUCAAUGAGAAAGAUGCAAGGCUGCAAAUGCACAAGCGUAUGUCUACCCGGUGAUAACAACUGUUCUUGCACGCAUCGAAAUGCUGGUGACCUUCCUUACAGUGCUUCAGGCAUACUUGUUAGUCGGAUGCCUAUGUUAUACGAGUGCAAUGAUUCAUGCACUUGUUUACAUAAUUGCCGGAACCGGGUUGUACAAAAAGGUAUCCAGAUCCACUUUGAAGUGUUUAAGACGGGAGAUCGAGGUUGGGGCCUGCGUAGUUGGGAUCCAAUCCGAGCAGGCACAUUUAUCUGUGAAUAUGCAGGUGUAAUUGUUGACAAGAAUGCUCUUGAUGCAGAAGAUGAUUAUAUCUUUGAGACCCCUCCUUCGGAGCAGAACUUAAGAUGGAACUAUGCACCAGAAUUACUGGGUGAACCUAGUCUUUCUGACUUAAACGAAUCAUCUAAGCAGUUGCCAAUAAUUAUUAGUGCAAAACAUACUGGUAACAUAGCUCGCUUCAUGAACCACAGCUGCUCACCUAAUGUUUUUUGGCAACCAGUUCUAUAUGACCAUGGUGAUGAGGGAUAUCCACACAUCGCCUUCUUUGCAAUUAAGCAUAUUCCUCCAAUGACAGAGCUUACAUAUGAUUAUGGUCAGAGCCAAGAGCAAAUGAACGCAAAAUUCAUAAUGAUCCAGCUGGGAUUGCCCAUGCUCGUGCGUGAGGUAAAAAAGAUGGGGGCAGACGGCAGGGAGAGCGCCGGCCCCCCUAUUUUUAUUUUAUGAUUUGGUGAAUGGAUUUGAUGGUUGAUUGAGUA